GGUUAAACAUGGAGAAGAGAUGUUUACUCAAAUCGCGUGGCACGCGCCGACCGAGGAGCCGAUGUCAAUUAGAACUGUCAACAGUCAAAUCCUCGCCAAUGGGAGCUUGCAUCAGGAUUUGAUGCACGGAAUGGCGGUCCCAAAUGUAUGUCUACAGGCCUUUUCGCUAUUUCCUCUCCCCAGUUCCCCGCUCGACCAAAGGCCUGUUCACAGGCUACCCUCACCCUUCCCCUCAACUGGGAAAAAUUGUACUUACGCGUAAAAGUGGACCCCAUGAUUUCUCUACAGUAGCGCCGUUAAUCAAGCGUAAUGCUCUAGUCACGCUGAAGCGAAUGAAAAUUACUUUGUAAUGAAUCCUAAUGGUUGACCUGACACAACAUCAAGAGCAGGCAUCUUGUUUAUUCAUACAGGAUACAGUGCGGAGCGUUACAAAAUCAUAUCCAGUCAGAUAAGGAAAUGUAGAAAUGAGUAAAUAAAACAUUUGAAUCAAAGUUGACAGGGAUGUCUCGAGCAGUUCUUGCUUUACGAACGAAAUCUUAAAGCUUGCUUCAGAAACCAUACCAUUUUUGUCUAAAUGAAAUGCUUAUAUACAAAUUUAUUGAUUCCUGUGAAUUAUGUUUCCAACGACAAACCUUACAAUUGUCUUCUCAAUAGAAUUUCUUGGUAUUCACGUAACGUCACCAUCCUCAAGAGAUUUUGGUUUAGUACGUUAUUAGAACAGUUCAAGAGUUUACUUUUCACAAAAUUUCAGUUUACUGGGGUUUUUCGUCUUGUGUUAAAGCAAGGUUGAAUUCAGCUUUUGCGUGACAUGAUAUCGAAAUGCUGUCACGUAGGUUAAAAAAAAGGGACUUAUCUGCUGAGAUAUCGUAAUCUGAACAGUCCUUGAAUGAGAAAAAGUACUCAUAAAGAUGUUUAUGAGCCUUAAGAAGACGAUUACGUGCUAUUUAUAGCAAAAAUCGAUGACAUAUGCUUUUGUUGGGGGUACAACCAUAGCGUCUCGUCUUAUUUUUUCCCUUUGAUUAUUCACUUUAUUUGUUGAAUGGUUUUAAAACCAGCAGUACAUUUACUAAGUUUUUUAGCACUUCCUUAAAAGCUUCUGAAUAAGGUAAUCAUGUUAAUGACAUUACCUUGAUUCGACCUUUUUAGUGUCAUUUAAGUUGCAUAGUAUGCAAAUGUCACACACCGUUUACACAGCUUGCUUUGACUCGUUUUUCUUACCAGUCCCUCUCCAAAUCAUCUUAAUGUCACGCAACUCCACAUUGUAGUGCCUCGAAAACUUCCUAAGGAAAAAUAACAUUUAUUCUUGUGAUAGUUCAGUAGCGGAAACAAAACUAUGAGUGAGGCAAAUAUUGAAGAAAACGACCAACAGCAAAAUCAAGUCUUAACAGACGCUGAAAGUCAUAUCAAACAAGCCUGCGAUAUGUUACAAAGAGAAGCUGCAAGACUUCGACACGAGCAGAGAGCUAUCGACGCCAUGUCGAAGAAAUUGGAACAUAUUCACUUUACCUCUACUAUACAACUAAAUGUUGGCGGCCAUCGCUUCACCACAAGUCUUCAAACGCUGACCAAAGAUCCAAAUUCCAUGCUGGCUGCCAUGUUUUCAGGGAAGUUUGAGAUGAAGCCAACUGAUGACGGCGCUUUCUUUAUCGACCGAGAUGGAACCCACUUCCGGUUUAUACUCAAUUAUCUUCGUAGUGGGGAGUUGAUUUUACCAGAAGGUGCGACAUUUCUGAAAGAACUCGAAGCUGAAGCAAAGUUCUACCAGAUCCAAGGGAUAUUGGACGAGUUAGUGCCUAAAUUUCCGAAAAAUUUCGAAGAAUCAGUGAUUCUGACUAAUGAAGAGCACCGAAAUGUGUUGAGUGGUUGGUUGCCUCCACUUGAAGGCAAAUGGCAGCUUCUGAUGCGAGCUUCUCAAGAUGGCUUUGCAGCUCAAACUUUCCACUCCAAAUGUGACAACAAAGGGCCAACUGUUACCAUUGUGAAGAGAGGAAACAACAUUUUUGGAGGAUUCACAGAAACAUCUUGGAACAGUCAGAAUAUCUACUUGUAUUGCUCACAGUCAUUCUUGUUCAGCAUGGUGAAUCCACAGGGGGUGGCUCCGAGUAAAAUGCCACUUGCUAACAAUCAGAGAAAAGCCAUUUUCUGUUAUUGCAGUCAUGGACCAACAUUUGGAGGAGGGUUUGACUUACACAUAUCAAAUGACGCAGACCUAAAUGAUUCAAGUUACAGUAAUCUCGGCUACUCGUACCAGCUUCCCACCGGACACCAGAGCACAUUCUUCACAGGAGCUAAAUAUUUUUGUGUGACAGACUACGAAGUGUUUGGAACGUACCAGUGACAACUGUCACAAACAUUUGCGAGAGGCCAACAGGUAGAAUUUCACUGACUCGAACGAUAUUC